GUCAGGCCAGUCUGCCAACGUUGUGCACACUGUUUUUAAGGCAUCUGUGAAAAUUGCUCGAGAAAUUAAAUUCGCUUUCAUUGAUUUGUUGUGGCAGCCAAGUUAAGCCCUUCGACUAGCUCGAAAUCUUAUACAGUCACACAAUCCAGCGCCAUGGGCUCCCGUUCACGUACACCCAGUCCGUCGGGCAAGCGACGCCACCACAAGAGCAAGCACAAAAAACGCAGUAAGUCCCACCACGACCACGAGCGGCCCAGCACAAGAACGGAUAGAGACAAAUCCUCGGAGGUGAACAACCAUGGACGACAUCGCGAACGGGACAGGGACCGCGAGCGGGACAGACACCGCAGCGACCGACACACUGAGCGCGACUACCGUCACUCCCCCUCGAUCCUGAAAUCCCGAAAACGCUCCAGUUCGUCGAGCAGCGACAGUCAGUACUCCGAGCAGGAGUCGCAACGGAGCAAACAGAAGCGCAGCCGCUUUAAGAAGCUGGAUGAGCAAAACCAGAUGCAGGUCGAACGCCUGGCCGAGAUGGAGCGGCAGCGUCGGGCGAAGGAGCUCGAGCAAAAGACAAUCGAAGAGGAAGCCGCCAAGCGCAUAGAGAUGCUGGUAAAAAAGCGCGUCGAGGAGGAGCUAGAGAAGCGUCGCGACGAAAUCGAACAGGAGGUCAAUCGACGCGUUGAGACCGCCAAGGCUGAGAUGGAGCGCGAAAUGAUGCUGGAGCUGGAGCGGCGGCGCGAGCAGAUACGCGAAGAAGAACGCCGGCGCGAGGAGGAUGAAAAACAAAAACGCGAAGAGCUCGAAGAAAUUUUGGCCGAAAACAAUCGCAAAAUCGAAGAGGCGCAAAGAAAACUGGCCGAAGAACGGUUAGCAAUAAUCGAGGAGCAGCGCCUCAUGGAUGAGGAGCGGCAACGCAUGCGCAAGGAGCAGGAGAAGCGCGUCAAGGAGGAGCAGAAGGUCAUAUUAGGCAAAAACAAUUCCAGGCCCAAGCUAUCGUUCUCGCUGAAACCGGGCGCAUUAUGAGGAGCGUAGGCAUCAGUCUGGUGACCGCAGCACCUUUUCUUGUUAACAGCUUUUGCUUUUUUUUUUUACCUCAGUGGCUAUUUGCCUGCGCCACAGACCAUGCACUCGUUUAUAUUGUUGUAAUUGUGUUCUAUAUUAUUUUUAUUAUUUUAAGGACGAGCUGUGGUGCUGGGAGCAGGCAAAGCGCAGCCAAUAGAUUCAACGUUUUCAAAAUUGCCAAUUACUGAACACAUACGGCUCUAUAUAGUACAAUACGCUAGCGAUUUACUUAACCUUUUCUACAUAAAGAAUUCAUAUGUGAGACAAAUGAUUAUGUGUAGUGCGUCGUAUUGUUGUCACAGCUGAAUGAAAAAAAAGAAAACCAAAAAGAUGUCAGUGAAAUACAUAUGUAAUCCAUUUGCAAUUUUUUGAUAUUUCAAGAAAACAUAGAAAUCAGCUGAAAUCGAUAAUAAAAACUUUAGAAAUGCCAAAA